UGCUGGCAUCGUCGGGUCGGGCAAGUCCGCCCAUUCGUCAACUCUGCCGUCGUGUGGACAACACUCACUCCUGGACAGGCCUUAAGGAUAAGAGCUGAGCACAAAGGAGGAUUUGGAACGUGACAUGUGAAAAUAAUAUAAGUGUCUUCAAUUCCAAAAUUAAAACAGUGUCCUUCAAGCGGAAAUACACUAACUCUCCAGGGAGGAAGUUAUGAAACAAUUUCAAGAAAUCUGAAACGUUAGUGAUAUUUGAUACACAUGAGCAGUAACAUGAUCUUCCGGAAGCAAAUUAUACUGGUUGCAGUAACUAUUUUCGUCGUUUUCUCGUUUCUGCAGAACACUAACAAUCCUGACAAAGGAAGGCAAGAGAGUGCAGGAGAUGCUAAUCGUCUUACUGCCCAGGAAGAGAAUUUACAGCAGAUGAUGGGAGCGGUAAGAGAACUCCAGCGUCUGGUCGACAUUCUCACGACCCACUUCGAGCAGAAUAUCGGGCUUAAUCCUAAGGCUGUGCUUGAACGACGUAAAAUGGUCGAACUAGAAAACGCGGCCAUUGAUGCUGACAAAAACAACGUGGAGGAGGAAGAAGGAGAAGAGGAUGGGGAGCAGAUGAGUGAAGAAGUCGACAGCAGCAAUCACAGUGACAUAAUUGAUGGCAGGCUCAUGAGCUCCAAAGGAAAGCCAGUAAGGGUGGUCGUGCUGGUUGGCUCGACUGCUCGAAGCGGAACCAGCUUCUUGGGAGAGCUCCUGUCGCAGUUCGACAAUGUUUUGUAUCUCUUCGAACCGGAGCUUCACGUCAGAGCUACGACGAAAGAGAUGGUUACGGAAGAGACCGGCAUCCCACUUCUGAAAGAUAUGAUAUACUGCAACAUAUCCAGUAACUUCUCGAUGUGGCUGAAAACCAGGGCAUCGUCUUUCAACAUCUUUCGUCAUCCGAUUACGAAGACUCGUUGUAGGGAUUGGUCGAUUUGUCUUGAGCCCUCUCGGUUAAGAAAAGCUUGCCGUGGGGAGCACUUAAGAGUUAUGAAGGUCAUUCGCAUCCGGAUGGCUUGGAUGAGACCGCUGUUGGACGACCCCCAAGUCGAUCUGAAGGUAAUCAAUUUGGUAAGGGACCCCAGGGGUUCGUUGUAUUCGAUGGCCAAGCAUCAACUCCAUAAGUUGGAUCCAGGAUUAUACUGUCCUUUGAUUGAGGACGACAUGAUACAAACACCAAGACUAAUGGAGGAAUACCCAGGGAGAGUCCUGGGUAUAACCUACGAACAGCUUUGUUUAGAUCCUAUAGGUAAAGCGACAGAGAUUUGGAGGUUUCUGAUCGGAGACAAUAGUGCAGAGUUAUCCCCAAGAUGGGCGCUUUACAUGGAGAAUCACGUUUCCAGGUCUUCGGCGAAUCGACGAGUAGCUGUUUACGGAACUUUUAGAAAUACUAAUGAACAAUACCAGGCUUGGAGGAAUUCUAUUACCGAGCAUGCGCUGUUGGACAUCGAGGCCAGCUGCGAAUCCGUUCUUAAGAAAUUAGGGUACAACCUGUUUGGUUCACUUGAACGGGCGCGUAAUACUUCUUACUCACUUUUCAUGGACCAUGACAAACCUGUUUGAUUUUUUGUCAUAUUGACUUCGACAGUAUUGUCUUUUUAUUUCAUAAAAGUGUUUUAGUCAUAUUAUUAAUGGUCUUAUUCUUUCGAUAUAUGCAUUUAUUUAUUUAUUUAUUUCCUUAAUCUUUUAUGAUGACUGUUUCACUCAUUUGAUCAGCUCAUCUUAACUUUUAGCGAACUUCAUUAGGGAGUCUUAUGUCAGUGGGACAACCCAUCACCAAAUCUUAACCAAGUCUGUUAAGUAUAGAGCUUCCUAUAUUUUGGAAGAGUAAUAUUGGAAAAACACCGGUUAGUCGAGUGUUAAUGAUUACAUUUUUAGUGCUGGGAUAUGUCUGAAAAUUGGUAUUUCUGCCGACAGAAAAUGGAUUCCAAUGCGAUGCAAGAAGUGUCAUUCUUACUAUUGUAUAAACUCUUCACUAUCUGUAAAGGUAAUAUUUAACAUUUACUGCUGUACCCGGCGUUGCUCGGGAUAAAAAGUGGCUGGCCGUCCGUGAUGACAACAACCCCUACAGGGCGGAUUAUGCAAUCACUUUCAGAAUAAGUACUAAUCUCUUGGGGUCCUGUCAAGUCAAAGAAGUUGUGAAAAAAUCCUAAGAGUUUGCUGUCAACUCUGAAAGUUGUUAAAAAUGAGGGGGGCGGGUUUAAGAAAAAGAGGGGUUAAGGGCCCCUUAGAAACGGCCCUCGAAUUUCGGAUUUUCACUAAAAUCUUCCUGGGGGAGGGGAGGGGAGUCUAUGGUAAAAAUGUGGUAGCUCUAGCUUUCAUAGUCUGGGUACAUAACGAACAGACAAG